GUGAAGCGUCUGCGACGAUGAUAUUUUUCUCCAAAAAAAAUGAAUAAUAAGCUGAUCUCCUUCCCUUUUUCUUUGGAAGCAGUCUGACACUCACGUCGUCGCUUUCAACGCACUGCCUUAAUUCAUGGCAGCCCAAAAAAUGUGAAGUGGAACGCCUGUAAUUCGUAUUCCUGAUUUGAAGGCAUUUUAUUUCAAGCCUUUGUGGAUUCGUCUAGAAUACGAGAAUCCCUCGAGGAGCCGGAAAAAGCAAGAAAAUCAUGGGACAAUUUCUAAUUAUUUUUUUAGAAGUUUUCCUCUUCGCUCAAAGAGGGCACAGUGUGGUGACACCCAACAUUAGAAUGCCUGCGUCACCGACCAGCAGCUCUGAUUCAAUCCUCAACCAGAAUUUGGAUAGGAUUGUGAACCUGAUUCACAACCCUGUGAACUCCGGUGGAAGUGCAUGGCCAGAGGAGAAAAUUGUUGGAGGAACUGAAGUCAUCAAAGGAGAGCUGCCAUAUCAAGUAGCAUUUGCAUCGAAGAAAUCUGAGAGCGAAGAUGCGGUUGUGAUUUCUUGUGGAGGGAGUUUGAUUUCCUCACGAUGGGUUCUAUCUGCUGCUCAUUGUUCUCCCGCAUUUCACUCUGGAAUGCAGGUAAUUGUUGGUGACCAUGACAGACUGACACCUGAGGCCGAUGAGCAGCGUUUUAAGAUCAAGCAAUAUUAUGUGCAUGAAGCUUUCAAUUCGGAAAGUCUUCUUCAUGACAUAGCGCUGGUCAUGUUGGAUGGACACGCUCGGGUAACUGCGCAUGUUGGCUACAUCAACUUGCCUUUGAACUCCAAAGAAUCACGAGGAUAUGCUCUGGUGUCUGGCUGGGGGAGAACAAUCUACCAGGAUCCGAAUUCUUCUCCGGCAAUUCUCCACAGGGCUUGGGUGCCACUAAUACCUAUCCAAUUGUGUCAAUUCUACUAUGUAGUGAAGCAAAGCCAACUCUGUGCUGGUUUCUACCAGGGUGGCAAGGACUCUUGUCAGGGAGACUCUGGUGGACCAUUGGUUUGCAGCCCUGAAAUGAAUCCAGUGAGCAAUGACUCCAUGAACCAAAAUCAGACCCUGGAACCAAGCAAUUUUGCAGCCCUUGAAAAUCAGUAUCCACCUCCUAAAGUUACUCAUCCUGGUCCAGACGCGUAUGUUUGUGGCAUUGUAUCAUAUGGCAGUGGUUGUGCUUUGCCACAAGCGCCUGGGGUUUAUACUAGGGUCGGGUUCUACCUGGACUGGAUCACAAACAAGAUAACAAAACACACUCUGGAAGAAGACAAGCUGAAUUCAACAGCCGCGAGGCUUGAGACAGAACCUUAUCAGUUCAUGGGUGUAGUGGACACGGAGGACUUCAAGAACACUCUGCAUUGCGUUGGGGUCCUUGUGCAUCACUACUACGCUCUUACAUCGGCGGAAUGCUGCAAGAAUUCCCUAGGACGACUCAGUCAAUUCCAAUGUCAUAAAAUUGCCUUUGACCGAACGAAGAACACCGAGGGAUCGCAGAAUAACUUUCGAGUCGCCCGUGUGUCUGUGUACGACCAGAAUUGGCUUUUCCGCAAAGUCUCCAAAAGCAGCAAGGCGAAAGUGACGCCAAGAACUGCAUCACGGGGUUCAACUGACGGAUCUGUUGCUCUGCUGAACCUUUUCGGAAUACCCAGGAAGAAUUUCAUAUUCCCUGCUAAUUUCCCGAAAAUGAUCAUCAAGGAUGGGGACAAGGCAGUCUUGGUGUCACUCCGGAAUGAUACCACGAAAGUUGGACGAGUGGAGCAUAUUUUUGGGCAUUAUAGAAUCAUGGAUUGUCCUGUGGAGUUGUUUGGUCCAUCGAAAAAGUUCAAUUUCACUGCAGAUGACGUGAUUUGCGCAGCUUACUUGGAAGGACUCAAGUGUACUGAUGCCGUUGGCGGCAGUGCCUUGAUGUGCAGAUCGAAGGACGCAUACAAUAACGGAGCCCUAGAUGACCAGAGCUUCUUGUGUGGCAUGAAAACCAGUCUGGGUCGUGCCCGGGGUUCCUCACCAACACUCAACACUGUGGCCUUUGACGAUGCAGUUGGCGGCAGUGCCUUGAUGUGCAGAUCAAAGGACGCGUACAAUAACGGAGCCCUAGAUGACCAGAGCUUCUUGUGUGGCAUGAAAACCAGUCUGGGUCGUGCCCGGGGUUCCUCACCAACACUCAACACUGUGGCCUUUGACGUGCUUCCGCCCAGUUGGCAACACAGGGCCAGCGAAGUUUGCUUAUUUCGCAAAAUAUACGUGCCGGAAUUCAUCUCGGACCAUGGCAGCAUCUCUUUGGCGGACAUGAUGGCCUUCCGAGGCAUCUGGCUUCCGCAAAUUUGA